CCUGAGGAAGAGCUUGAUCCUGAAGAGAGGGACAACUUCCUCCAACAGCUUUACAAGUUUAUGGAAGACAGAGGUACUCCUAUCAACAAGCCACCAGUUCUGGGCUACAAGGACCUUAACCUCUUCAAACUCUUUAGACUGGUUCAUCAGCAGGGUGGGUGUGACAAUAUUGAGAGUGGAGCUGUGUGGAAGCAAAUUUAUAUGGACCUUGGCAUUCCUAUUUUGAACUCAGCUGCUUCCUACAAUGUAAAAACUGCUUAUAGAAAGUAUCUUUAUGGUUUUGAGGAGUAUUGUCGUUCUGCAAACAUUCAGUUCAGGACCAUCCACCACAAUGAACCAAAAGUGGUAGAAAACACACAGAAACACGUGGAACCAAUGGAGGAAAGUGUAAAAGAGGAACAAAAAAUGCCCCCAACAGAAGUUAAAAAAGAAGCAGAAGAGAAUUAUUCCAGCAGUGAAAGUGAAAAAGAAGAGAUAGAGCUAAGGUCCCCAAGGGGCCGGAGGAGACUCGCCCGUGAUGCAACCACCCCUGCUAAAAAAGAUGGUGAAGAGGAUAAAACACCAGACAAAUUAAAAGACAGUAACAAAGAAAACAAGGAUGUAGAGGAGAUACCUGAGAAUGCAGAAAAGAAAGAAAACGAAACUCCUCUAGGGAGGAAAAGUACACCAAAGCAAAAAGAGAAAAAAAUUAAGAAACAGGAGGAUUCUGAUAAAGAGUCAGAUGACGAGGAAGAGAGGCAGAGGGAGAGGGAGGAGAUUGAGAACAAAGGAGACUCAGAAGGUGAGGAGGAUGAGGAGGACACAGAGCCCUGCCUGACUGGAACCAAAGUGAAAGUAAAAUAUGGCCGUGGGAAGACUCAAAAGAUUUAUGAAGCCAGUAUUAAAAGCACAGAGAUUGAUGAUGGAGAAGUUCUGUAUUUAGUUCAUUACUAUGGUUGGAAUGUCAGAUACGAUGAAUGGGUGAAAGCUGAUCGGAUCAUUUGGCCUGUGGAGAAAGGAGGACCAAAGAGAAAACAGAAGAAAAAAGCAAAAAAUAAAGAAGAAGGUGAGAAGGAGGAGAAGAAGGAUGAGGAGAAACAAAAAUCCAAGCGUGGACGACCCCCUCUGAAAUCUACUCUUCCAUCAAACACAUCUUGCAGCUUACCCAAAACACCUAAUAGUGAAGACUCUGGCACAUCUGAUAGUGAAGCAGAUGAGUCAUCUGAAAAGAAUUUGAAUGAAGAAUUUUCUCCAGAAACUUCAGAACUGGAAAAAAGUGACAAACUCCACGAUGAGAAACUAGAUGAAGAAAACCCAAAGAUUCCUCAUGCAUUGAAAGAAAAUGACAGGACCCAAGUGCAGCCACUAGAAACACUGAAACUGGAAGUUGAAGAAAGUGAACAAAUUGUUCAGAUUUUUGGGAAUAAAACAGAGCAAAUUGAAGAAAUCAAAAGAGAGGCUGAAAAGUCACCUAAGGGGAAAGGGAGAAGGAGCAAGACAAAAGAUUCCUCAUCAGAGAACACAAAGAUUUCACCAGGAAGCCAAGAAGAGGUGGCAAAUGAGUCUCUUACAGAAGCUGAACGAUUAGAUGUGUCUUCCCUGGACUGUAAGGAUCUUUCAAGCACUACUGAGAGUGAAACAGAGCCUGCUGCAAAAGAUAAGAAGCUUUUGAAAAGGAAAACCUUGGAACAGUCAUCACCUGAGAAGAGAAAUCGUCGAGAGAGCGAGAUGGAAGUGCCAAAUAUUGUAUCUGAAGAGAGGACCAAUGAAUGUAGUGGAGCAGAGGAAUGUAGAGGGCUGAGUGCUGAGGAGUCCAGGACUGAAAAUGAGGAGAUGCCAUCCCUGGUGGCAGAAUCGGCUUCGCACGUUCAAGAGCUGAGGAAUGACAACUUCCAACGUCCAUCCGAAGCCAGCGAGAACAUUCCCUUAAAGGAUGAGGAUGACACAAUGCCUCAGAUUGGUCCUGAAACUUUGCUGUGCCAUGAAGUAGACUUGGAUGACUUGGAUGAAAAGGAGAAGGGCAGCAGUGAAGACACAGUACCAGAAAAGCCAGACCCUAAUGCUCCAAAUUCCACCCCUUCUGCCUUACCCCCUGCCGUCCAGUCCGGCUUUUCCGUGGCCUCUCCUCUGGCUCUCAGCCAGGAUGAGUCACGCAGCAUCAAGAGUGAGAGUGACAUGACCAUUGAAGUGGACAGUGUGGCAGAAGAGUCUCAAGAAGGUCUCUGUGAUGAGUCUGCUAAUGGAUUUGAAGCCAGUACUCCAUCCAGCAAUUGUAGUAUAGCUGUGCAGGAGAGAGAGAUGGGAGAGAAAGGACAUAAAAGGCCCAGUGACAGCAACAGUGGGACACUGGCAAAGAAACAAAAGCGAACUCCAAAGCGAACUAGUGCUGCAGCCAAAAAUGAAAAGAAUGGAACAGGACAAAGCAGUGACAGUGAAGACCUUCCUGUCCUGGACAGUUCCAGCAAAUGUACUCCUGUGAAACACAUCAAUGCAUCCAAACCACAGAAGAUUUCUCGGUCACCUGCAAGAGUGAUUUCUCCUCACAUCAAAGAGGGAGAGAAGGAUAAACACAGAGAGAAGCACCACCACCAGAAUGCUUCUCCCAGAGUAUACAAGUGGAGUUUCCAGCUCAAUGAACUGGACAAUAUGAGCAGCACUGAAAGAAUCUCCUUCUUACAAGAAAAGCUACAGGAGAUACGAAAAUACUACAUGUCCUUGAAGUCAGAAGUAGCAACCAUAGACAGGAGGAGAAAACGAUUGAAAAAGAAAGACAGAGAAGUGUCUCACACAGGAGCAUCCAUGUCAUCAGCUUCCUCAGACACUGGAAUGAGCCCAUCGUCGUCUUCUCCUCCCCAAAACGUUCUCGCUGUCGAGUGCAGGUGAUAGACAUUUCUCUGCCUUGCCAGCAGCUUGCUGCCAUGGACAUAAAUCCUGAAAUUCAACCACAGAAAGCACUCAACUGGUUUGACAUUGCCAAGUAUAUUCUGUACACACUUCCACUGCUGGACUGUACCUGUUCUCCCCUCCUAUUUUGGUUAAUUUACUGUUCAGAGAAAUUAAGCUCGUUGGUAUCUGAAGGUUUGUAGGCACAACGUGAACAUUCUUGUCAUUGUGUUUGGUUUUGUUUCAUGUUUGUUUGUUGGUUUUUUUUUUCCUUAACACAGAGAAAGGGCACUUAGCAAAUUUGAAAAGUUAUGUCCAGUGAAGCAUUCAGGUGUUGUAGGGUGAUCUUAAAAACAGCAAGUGCACCAAGCAGACAUCAGAGUAAUUACCCAAAAGAACUGAGUAACUGCUGCACUUUGACCAAGCUGUACAGUAACUCUUGGUGAGCAGUUCCUCUUUGUGGAAGCACUUGCUAUACAGAACUGCCAAAGUAUGUGUUCAGCAAUGUGCCCAGUUUUAAAGGUGUAAAUGGGACAAAAUAAAUUGUGAAAGGAAGUGUAGUUGACUGAAAACUACAGUUGUAAUAAGUCUUCCACUUUUUAUAGGAUUUUUGAGCACACGAUUAUGCAAAUAUUUUAAUGUUUAUUAAUGUUUACAGUGGAAUUGUGAAUAGGUUUUCAGUGGACUAUCUUAUCCCUUGACAAAAAUAUUUUGUCUUUUUUCUAUGUAAUUUCAGAGUUUUUAUUUUGUUACAAAAAGACAAAAAUGAAAUAUAUAACAACGAUGAAGUUAUUUAACAAGAUUUCUAAAGCUGAAAUUUUUGUGUAAAAUAAGGUAUCUUGCAACUUGUUAAAUAUAUUUAUUCAGACAUUGGAUGUUGUAUUUUUAUGUAUUUUUUAAAAUAUUAAUAAAAUUGGAAAAAAAAA